AUGUCAAAGAUCCUGUUCUAUAAAUUCCCCGUCACAAGCCAAGUGUUCUAUAAAUCCAAGUUCACCUACGCCCUGGUCAACCUCAAACCUAUUGUCCCCGGACAUGUGCUGGUCGUUCCUCUGAGAGUGGUCCAGCGACUCAAAGAUCUCUCACCUGAAGAAAGCAUCGAUUAUAUCAUGACUGUGCAGCUGAUCCAUAGCUUUAUUGAGAAAGUGUACAAGGCCGACUCCCUGAAUCUGGCCAUGCAGGACGGCGUUGCCGCGGGACAGUCCGUGCCCCAUGUGCACACCCACAUAAUUCCUCGGUACUUGAACGAUGGUUACGGAGAUGGAAUCUACGACUUGCUGGAGUCGCACGAACAGAAUCUCAACAGCUUCUUCCAGAUUGCCCUGAAGAAAAUGCAGGUCGCCAGGGACGAGGACCGCAAACCAAGAUCUAUGGAAGUGAUGGAGAAAGAAGCCAACUGGUUGAGGGAGGAACUGAACGAGUUCAUCAAAUCCCGUGAGACCGUCCACUUGGGAUGAGCAUUCCGAUGCCCUCUUGAUGCCAUGGCAUCAUUUGUUACGUCACCCAGACUGGUGGUUUUGUUCUACAUUUUUAAAGCAUAGCCAUUUUUAAAAAUGCAUCACAAGACUCCGUCUUCGAGAUCUUCCUGCUGGUUUCUAGCACAGCGUAUGCACUCUACACCUGACACGAUCAUCGCACAUAAGCCGCCUUGAGCCCGAGUCGCGCGAGUCACGUGACCACUUUUUAGUUCAAGUAGCUAGCCUAGUGUCGAGCAAUAUACAGCAAAUUAAGC